ACAUCACAAGCGGAAUAACGUCACUAUCCGUUUCCGGGCAGUGGUCUUCGAGGCCUGUCCUCGUGUGGCGGGCCGGCGGACUCGCUUUCUGCCUGUUUUUUCCUCCUGUUUUUGCCGGGUCUUUGACGGUUAUGGCGGUCCGGGCGAGCUUCGAGAACAACAACGAGAUCGGCUGCUUCGCCAAGCUCACCAACGCCUACUGCCUGGUGGCCAUUGGAGGCUCCGAGGGCUUCUACAGUGUAUUCGAAGGAGAGCUUUCUGACACCAUUCCUGUAAUUCAUGCUUCUAUUGCUGGAUGUCGAAUCAUUGGCAGAAUGUGUGUAGGUAACCGGCAUGGUUUACUAGUCCCAAACAAUACUACUGACCAGGAACUUCAGCAUAUUCGAAACUGCCUUCCUGACUCAGUGCGAAUCCAGAGGGUGGAAGAACGUCUUUCUGCAUUGGGCAAUGUCACUGCAUGCAAUGACUACGUAGCACUUGCCCACCCAGACAUCGACAGAGAGACAGAAGAGAUUUUAGCCGAUGUAUUAAAAGUCGAAGUAUUCAGACAGACAAUAGCAGACCAAGUACUUGUGGGAAGUUACUGCACAUUCAGCAACCAGGGAGGAUUGGUACACCCUAAGACUUCUAUAGAAGAUCAGGAUGAGCUUUCCUCAUUGUUGCAAGUCCCCCUUGUGGCUGGAACUGUUAAUCGUGGCAGCGAGGUGAUUGCAGCUGGAAUGGUUGUGAAUGAUUGGUGUGCCUUCUGUGGCCUGGACACAACCAGCACAGAAUUAUCUGUUAUUGAGAGUGUCUUCAAACUUAACGAAGCACAGCCAAGUACCAUUGCUACCACUAUGAGAGAUUCUUUGAUUGACAGCUUGACAUGAUGUUCUCCAGAAACACUGCAGGUGUGAAAUGCCAAAUUGUGAUAGACUGCUCACUGAAGCAAAUUCAUCCAGUCCAAGAAGGAGAUCUCUACUACAAUCAUAGUUUCAAAAGCAUAUUAUUCUAAAUUCCCUUCCCUUGGCAAGCCAGACUUGAACAAGAAAAAACAUUAUGUUCCUUUGUUUUGUUAAUGUGUUAUUUUCCUUUCAUUAAUUCAUGAGGUAAAGUUUAGAACUUGAUACAUACAUGCAAUCACA